AUGCCCAGCUCCAUGCUGGCUGGGGAGACCCCCAGCACAGCGCUUCAGAGCCACACAACUGGGAAGCUGGGCUUCGAGGAGUUCAAGUAUUUGUGGGGGAACGUCAAGAAGUGGCAGUGUGUCUACAAACAGUACGACACGGACCGAUCCGGCACCAUCGGGAGCAGCGAGCUGCCAGGCGCCUUCGAGGCGGCGGGCUUCCGGCUGAACGAGCAGCUGUAUCAGAUGAUCGUGCGCAGGUACUCAGACGAGAACGGCCACAUGGACUUCGACAACUUCAUCAGCUGCCUGGUUCGCCUGGAUGCCAUGUUUCGGGUGCGAGAGGGCGUGCGGGCUUCCCUCCUGGCCUACUUUGACAUGUUCCCUCUUCACUGGUACCCCUGCAAGAUCACCCCUAGUGUCAUCUACGCCCGUGCAAAGCGCUAG